GGCCAGGCUCCAGCAAAGCGGGCACCGAAGUAGCAGACGCCGUUGGAUCCGUAGAGGUGGUAGCGGGAGUCGUCGCCUGGCUGGGACCAGCAGCAGAGCCGGAUGCCACGGGGGCGGCGGCGCGCGCCCGGUAACCAAGAACAAGCGGUCCAACCGAAGAAGAAUGGAGACGGUUCGAGGGAAGAUGGGGGGGCAACCAUCCCAAAGAAGACUAUAAACAAAGAGGCUCCGCCCACGGCGGCGCGUGCACACAUGUCAGCUCCUGCUGCAACCUUCGGAAGAUGGACGAGUCAAGUCCUCUGCUGGGCGACCGGCUGCAGGAGAGUCCAGAAGUUCUGUCCCCGAACCUGAGACCCAGACAUCAGGACCUGCUCCCCACACCAUGUGGACCGGUGAAACGCUGGUCAGAGCUGACGCUCACGGCUCAGAUCUAUUUCUGCUUCAUCAUUGCGUCUCUGCUGGUGCUGUUCGGCCUGACCGUGCCCACGUACCGCCAGCGCACCGACCCUCACCUGUACAACGAGGACUUUGCUGUUUCCAUCAUCCAGCUGCUGGGAGUGUUGUUCUGCAUUUACUACGUCAGCCGCGGCGUUCUGCAGGAGAACAAGCUGGAGCUGCUGGUCUUCCUGCUCAGCCUGGCGGUCGUCAUGGUUCGCUCUCUGGUCAACUUCAUCGUGGUCGGGCCGGACGGCCGCAGAGAGCUGCUGGCCCGCUUCGUGUGCAUCAUGGUCCUGGGCAGUGUCCACUUCGUUGGCAUCAUUUUCGGCUUCCUCCGGUCGCCCCACACCAUGGCGUUCCGCGUGGGCGGAGCCUUGGAAAGCGUGCAAGAACAGUAUUUCCUGUCCAACCUCUGUUUCUCCAUGGUGACCUUGGACCUGCAGGCUCAGCUGUGUCUGUGCAUCCUGAUCACGGCGUCGGACGGAGGCAUGUCUGUGACGGACAAAGCGGUCCUGGCUGUGGGCGUGGCGUGGGCCUGCCUGACGGCGGCGGUCGGAGGCGUGGCGGUUCUGAAAGAAGCAAAGGUUCUGGUCUGGGUCUACAUGGUCCAGAACCUCCUCCAGCUGGCGCUCUUUGUGUAUCUCAUGUACGCGGUGGUGGCGAGAUGGUUCAGCGAUAAGACGUACACCAACGAGGCGGCGGCGGUCAUCGGAGCGCUGCUGUCGCUGUUCAUCAAAGCCGUGCUGCUGUGGGGGCUCGCCAGGCUGCUGCGGCGCCUGGGACGUGGACCGCAGGAGACCGUGUCUGCAUCCAGGAAGUGACGGCGGUCGGCGUCAUUCAGGGUUUCUCCUCUUCCCGAACAUCCCUGCAGUCGCUGCGCCGGAUCUUUCCGGACCUCCUGAACACACGACCGAUGCCGAACUGUGCGGCUCUGAAUUUGGGUUGAAUAAAGGUUUGAUAUUCAAA